GUCCCCGCCGCCCCGCGCCCGCCCCGGUCGCCGCCGGCCCGCCCGCCCGCCCGCCGCCCCUCGCGCGGCCGAGUUCGAGACCGGAGCUUCCUCGGGAGGGGCGGAAGGGUUAACCUCCAUUUCACCUCAUCAUGGGAGAGAUUAAAGUCUCUCCUGAUUAUAACUGGUUUAGAAGUACAGUUCCCCUUAAAAAGAUUAUUGUGGAUGACGACGACAGUAAGAUAUGGUCACUCUACGACGCAGGCCCCAGAAACAUCCGGUGCCCGCUCAUAUUCCUGCCUCCAGUCAGCGGAACCGCAGAUGUGUUCUUCCAGCAGAUUCUGACUUUGACUGGAUGGGGUUACCGGGUCAUUGCUUUGCAGUAUCCAGUUUAUUGGGACCAUCUUGAAUUCUGUGAUGGAUUCAGAAAACUUUUAGACCAUUUACAAUUGGAUAAAGUUCAUCUUUUUGGGGCAUCUUUGGGAGGCUUUUUGGCCCAGAAAUUUGCAGAAUAUACUCACAAAUCUCCCAGAGUCCAUUCCCUCAUCCUGUGCAACUCUUUCAGCGAUACCUCCAUCUUCAACCAGACCUGGACCGCGAACAGCUUCUGGCUCAUGCCAUCAUUUAUGCUUAAAAAAAUAGUUCUUGGAAACUUUGCAUCUGGCCCCGUGGACCCUAUGAUGGCUAAUGCCAUUGACUUCAUGGUGGACAGGUUGGAAAGUUUGGGUCAGAGUGAAUUAGCAUCAAGACUUACCCUGAACUGUCAGAAUUCUUACGUGGAGCCUCAUAAAAUUCGGGACAUCCCUGUAACUAUUAUGGAUGUGUUUGACCAGAGCGCGCUGUCCACAGAAGCUAAGGAAGAGAUGUACAAGCUGUACCCUAACGCUCGGAGGGCACACCUGAAGACGGGGGGCAACUUCCCAUACCUGUGCAGGAGCGCGGAGGUGAACCUGUACGUGCAGAUACAUUUACUACAAUUCCACGGAACCAAAUACGCAGCCAUCGACCCGUCGAUGGUAAGCGCAGAGGAACUGGAAGUGCAGAAGGGCAGCCUGGGUGGCCCCGAGGAGCAGUAGCCAAGGAUGAGCCUGGCGAGCACCAUCGUGAUCUCAUGCCCUGCGGCCUCAGGGCCCCGGCCUGGCCCCAAAGCAGAAGCUGGCGGAGUCUCGGCGACAGGCGACAGCUCUUCUGAGUCAGGGGACCUGCCUCCUCUCUGUCUUUUUUAGCUUUUGAAUCUGAAGAGGUACUGUUGCAGAUUCCCGUUUUAAGAAUCGCAUCAAUUUUGCUACCAAAGUCUUCAGCACUCUGUCCGGAAGUGAAUGUUGAUGUUCCCCUUUUUUCCUGUCAUUGUCCUCGUCAUUGUCUUCCCAUCACUCUCUGUCAGUGCUACACGUUGUGGCCGUGUCCACGUGCUCCUGGCGGUAACCUCAGACUGCCAGGGCCGCCCCCGCUGUCCCAUAAAUCGGCUUCUUCUCAUGUCCUGUCGAGCAAGUGCUCUCCCGGUGAGCUGUUGUUUCCCAACCAUUCUGCUCAUUUGGAAUAAAUAUUCAAUU